GCGAGCCGCUCAACGUCAAUGAAGGGAGACACUGUUCACACCCAUAUAUACAAGUACAGUGUAGUGCAGAGUGGUGUCCUAACGUUUACAGAAAACGUCUGCAGCCCGACCGCGGGAAACACCAGGCCAGGACAUCUUAUUGUUAAUUAGCGGCCCAAGGCAAAUACCUGCUUGUCAAAUCGAUAGCGCGAGAGGGCUGCUUUCAUCUCAACCGGUCCGACUUGAAAUUGAGUCCAGUGUGUACCUGUGUGCACGACGGACGGAGGCAGAAACAAGUGAAAAUGUCGUUCGUCAACAGGGCGUUAUCUCGGGAGGGGCAUGCUGCCAUGAGUAUGAGAGGAGAGACUGACAGAUGGAUUCUUAUUCAGAAAAACACCUUCACUAACUGGGUAAACGAACAGCUAGAGUUGGAGGGAAGCCCAAGACUCGCAGAGGAUCUCCAAACCGCCUUUGAAGAUGGAGUUUUACUUUGUGCACUUAUUGAAUCUCUACAAGGACAGAAAAUUGGACGGGUGAUUAAAAAACCCCUGAACCACCAUCAGAAUCUGGAGAACUGCACCCUCGCACUGGCAGCUAUCGCCAAUGAUAACGUGCGACUGGUCAACAUCGGCAGUGACGAUAUUUCCAAUGGUAACCUGAAGUUGAUUUUGGGAUUGAUAUGGCAUCUUAUCCUGCGGUACCAAAUCGGCAAGACCAAGUUCCCCGCCAAAAAGUUGAUGUUAGCUUGGUUACGGGCUGUAAUUCCAGAAUGCAACAUCACAAAUUUCACUUCCUGUUGGAAUGAUGGCGUCGCUCUCCAUGCACUUGUAAAUUACUGCAACCCUAACAUUGAGGAGGCAGCCAACUGGAGAUACCUCAGUCAUAGUGAUAGUCUAAACAACUGUAGCAAUGCCAUGAAUCUGGCCAAGAAGCACUUUAACAUCCCUUUAGUGGUACGUCCUGAGGAUCUGUCCAGUCCUGACCUUGAUGAACUCUCCGGAAUGACUUAUCUGUCAUACUUCAUGAAGAUUGACUCACCGGGCUACAAUGCAACCAGGAACAUGGUCCGCAACCUUCUCAAGACUGGUAGCUUCAACAACUUCACGGACGACUGGGCUGACGGCAGACUUCUGUGUAACCUAGUUACCUCCCUUGGAGAGCCGACUUCACCUGUUGGGAGUCCAGCAGAAAACUUACAGUUAGGUAUUGAUGCGGCCCGUAGACUCGGUGUGGAGCCCAUCCUCACUUCCAAGGAGAUGUGUGACCCCGAGGUGGACCAUAUCGGGAUCAUGGCAUAUGCUGCAUACUUCAGCAACUUCAAACCUGUCCGCACUGCAGCAGAAAAAGUUGUAAUGGAAGCAGGACCGAGGAAUGUCUUUGUUGACCAGGAGGCCGAUUUCUCACUUCGUAUUGACGAUCCUGAACUGACCGCAGGAGAUGUGCGGGCCGAGAUAAAGGGACCGGACUCCAAUCCUACAGUAUACUUCAACUGGGUGGGAAGUCGUACUACGGGAACAUUCACCCCUACAGAGACUGGGCACCACAGGCUGAAUGUUUUUUGCGAGAACUCCCUCAUUGUUGGAUGUCCAGUGUCCUUCAAGGUCAUAGCUGAUAGGUCAAGGGUCAGAUACAUCGGCCCUGACAGGUGUGCUGCGGGUCUUAUCUCUGAACUUAAGGUUGAUGUGACGAGUGCAGGACAGGGCGACAUCCAAUGUGAGGCAAGAGCACCUAAUGGACGUACCCAAAACUUAGCAGCUGUUUAUCGUAACGGCAAUUAUGUGAUGCACUUUACACCAUCAGAAGUUGGUAUCUGGCAGGUAUCCGUACUGUAUGAUGGAGAACACGUUUCGGACAGUCCAUUCAAUGUGACUGUGUUUGAUCCAUCUAAGGUCCGUGUAUACGGACUGGAAGGAGGUGCUGUUGGAAUGGGACUCAAAUUUCAUGCUGACACGUCGGAGGCUGGAACAGGGGAGGUAACUGUACAGGUGUCAUGUAACGGCUCACAUGUCCCCGCCUAUAUCCAUCAGGACAGAGUAGGCCUGUACAGCAUUGAUUUCACGCCCCAGGGGGCAGGCACAUACAGGGUCGAGGUCUACUUCAGCGACGCAGAGGUCAGAGGUUCCCCCUACACACUGGAGAUUGUCGACUCGGCCCAGGUUACCGUUUCUGGGGAUGGUCUCACCUUGGUUCCAGUCAACCGCACAGCAAGCUUCGUCGUUGACACACAAGGAUCCGGGUCUGGAAACGUAGAUGUGGAAAUAAUGGCGCCAUCAGGCACCAAGGUAAAAUCCAAGGUUAAUAAGGACAGAGGCAGACACCAGAUUGAGUAUUCUCCCGAGGAAUCAGGGGACCACCAGAUUUUUGUGUCGUUCUGUGACCAACCCCUGCAGGGAAGCCCCUUCGUCUGUCAUGUGUAUGACGUAGGCCAGGUGGUCAUCUCAAAUAUGCCGAAGUCUGCCUCCAUUGGGAAGAUGGUCAAGUUCCAGAUUGAUGCCUCCAAGGCGGGGUCAGGUAACAUAGAGAUCAUGGUGAAUGACGGCCGAAUUCCAUGUAGUGUUCAGAACCUGGGCAAUUACUGCUUCAAUGCGUCCUUUGUUCCUGACAAUAUUGACCCACAUAACAUACAGAUGAGGUUCAACAAUAAACCUGUAAAUGGCAGUCCCUGGAAGAUCCCAAUCCUGGACAUGAAGAAAGCAUUGAAGAUCAGAAGUGAGGCUGACUAUUAUGUGCUGUGUGAUCAUACUGCCAAAUUUGAGCUGGAGUUUGACGGAGAUUUGAUGGAAACGUUUGAUAUAAAGAUCACAGCUCCCAGUGGUGGGACGGUGCCGUUCAACCUUGUACAGGGUAACGGUCAACAGACUAUAGAGUAUGUUCCAGAACAGGUCGGUGACCACCGAAUUGACUUGAAGUACAUGGGAAAUGAUGUGGACGGCAGUCCUUUUACUGCCAAGGCAUACGACUACGUCUGCUAUCAUCAUUACACCUCUCAGAAAUGGAUUGGUUGGAUCAUCCUUUUUGAUGUGUCACAAGCUGGGGAGGGACAGCUUGAGAUUAUGGUGAAUAACGGUAACCUUCCCAACACGGUGGAGCUGGAACGCCCCAGUGUAUACCGUAUCACAUUCACCCCCACCAGUGCCGGCAAGCAGUAUGUUGAUAUCAACUUCAACAGUGAAUCAUUGCCAGGUUCUCCAUUCUCCUGCCUGGCAUAUGACGGUGCCGGCGUGACGCUGACCGGAAUGGACAACGUCAUUCCCGCUAACAGGUCCACUUCCUUCAACAUCCAGUGUGAGUCCGAUGAGGUGGAACCGGAAGUCGAAGUUAGCUCUGUAUCAGGUGUGAAAGUUCCUGUCAAAGUCAUGUCAGAUGGCGAGGAGAAAAUUGUCACAUACACACCUAAAGUUACAGGAGAGCACACCAUUGAUAUCAAGGUAGGCUAUCAUCAUUUAGGUGACAGUCCCUACAUGGUCAAGGUCUUUGACCCGAGGAAUGUCAAGGCCAUUGAUAUCCCAAAGAAAUGCUACACAGGAAAUCCCUGCUCAUUUCAAGUUGAUGCUACUGCAGCUGGGGACGGUAUCCUGGAGGUCGUAAUUCUAUGUGAGGGGAAGACCAUACCUCACAAACUUACCUCCCUUGACAAUGGUUUCUACGAGGUGGACUUCACAGGGACAGAGCCUUAUCGUCAUAGGGUCCACAUGACACUGAACGAUGAACUUGUCAAAGGGAGUCCAUUCUGGGUAGAAUAUGUGGACGAGAUGGAGGAAAUGCUGGCUGAGUUUGAACGGCAACAGUUUGUACAGAUGCGUACUCUGGCGGGCAUAACAUUCAAGGGCACGGCCGAGAUGGUAGAUCAGUUCAGUACCGAAAUCAUAGCACCAAGUGGGAGCAAAUUAUCUGCGAAGAUCCGGGAGAUGAGGCCGGGUGCCUACUGUGUGGAGUGGAAACCAACAGAGGUUGGGAGCCAUCUUGUAGAGGUUUAUUUCGCUGGAAAUCUCAUCCCAGGAUUCCCCAGCGUUGUCAAGGUGUUCGACACUAACAAAGUCAAGUUGCUGACUCAGCUUGGCAGAGCCGAGGUUGGAGAGUUGUAUGAGUUAACAUUUUUGGUGGACGAGGCUGGUGAAGGUCGUUUAGAGGUCGUAGUUGAGUGUGAGGGGGAGACAAUUCCCAGUUUUGUUGAGAGAAGGAAGGAGGGACAGCUGACUACAACCUUUACUCCUAGGGUCGGAAAAAAACACCUGGUCACGAUCACCUUUAACGACCAACAUGUUCCAGGUUCUCCAUUUACUAUCCAGGUUGAGGAUAUGGAGGAGAGGGUGACUAGAAUCGAGGAGACAGUAGUUACCUCAUCUGUAACUAAACCCCUGUCAAUCAACGUCCACACACGCCACCUUCAGAUCGACCAGCGCCAGUGGUUCGUCCUGGAGACAUAUGGAGGCGACAUUGAUUCACAGAAUCUUCAAAUACAGAUUAUAGCGCCAAACGGCAUUGGUAUACCGGCUCGCCUUGUAUCGCAGUCUGGAGGCAACUUCCGUGUGGAAUGGACCCCAACUACACCAGGUCGACAUCGUGUGGAGGUGCAGUUUGCUGGUCGCCAGAUUGACGGUAGUCCAUUCUUUGUUGAUGUGUUUGACCUACUUUCCAUCCGAGUCAACAACUUCCAGCAGGGAGGAGUUGGUGAAGACGCCAGCUUUAAUGUGGACUUGGCUGAUGCUGGGUCAUUAGAGAGCAGCAUACGAGUUGUCAGUCCCUCCGGCCGAAAUGUCAAAUGCAGCGUGGGUGGAGAUUACCUUAAGUCAGUCACCUACGUACCCGACGAAGGAGGACCACACAAUAUCUACAUCACUUACGCAGGGUUUGAGUUACCAGGUUGUCCAUUUAUACAGAACAUUGACGAAGGUGGCCUUCCAACUGCUGAUGGAGAUGGACUUUAUCGUGGAGAGGAGGACAAUGUGGCUACAUUUUACGUCAAUGUUGGAAAACGGCGGGGAGAACUCGGGGUACAGGUGGACGGUCCAAACUCCAUUGCUAAGACAACGAUUGAACCUGCCGGAGAUCAGUACGUGUGUACUUACACUCCUGUUGAGGUGGGUGUGUUCACCUUACAGCUUCAGUGGAACGGCAAAAAUCUCCCAGGGAGCCCCUUCCACCCUAAGAUAGUGGACCCACGGAAGGUUAAGAUUUACGGUGGAUGGCAGCAGUUCAUGGAUAGCCAGGAGCGCGUGAAACUGAUUGUCGGGGAGGAGAAACGCCUGGUGUUUGAUGUGUCACAAGCUGGUCCAGGUAUAAUGAAGGCAGAAGUUCAGGGUCCCUCCUCGUCCCUCCCUGUUAUAGUGGACAGUCACACUGUGGGACAGAAUGUCAUCUGUUUUACCCCCGAGGAGGAAGGUAAUCACUACAUCCAUUUGUUCUGGGCCGAGCGUACACUUCCUAACUCGCCAUUCAUCGGCUACGCUGUUCGUGUCUCUGCUGACGCCAACAAGGUGAUCCUGACUGGGCGUGGCCUGAAGGAGGCUAAAGUUCGUGAGGAGGCGGAGUUUGUUAUUGAUGGGUCCCAGGCCGGGUCUGGUGUACCAGAAGUAACUCUGUCAGGAGUUCGGGCAGAGAUCAGCAAUAGAGUUGUCCCCCUUGGCAAUGGACGUUUCCACUGCACCUAUACACCGAUUAUCCCUGGAGCUUAUCUUCUCCAUAUCACGUGGAAUGGACGUCAGUUGAAGGGGUCACCGUACAAGGUCAAUGUCAUUGGGGCUUUCUUCCCCCACAAAGUGUCCGUAACUGGCGAGGGUCUGAAGGGAGGCAUCAUGGGGAAAACCUCUGAUGUUUUAAUUGACGUCAGAAAGGCUGGACCUGGUGAGCUCACAGCUGCCUGUAUGGGGCCAUCAAAAGUGGCUAAUGUAGAGCUCCACGACAACAGAGACGGGACAUUCCAUCUGGCCAUCAAACCUUUGGAGGUUGGCAGACAUGUCCUACAGGUUAAAUAUGGAGGAGAGCAUGUACUGGGGAGCCCGUUUAUCCUGAAGGUCGGAUCACAGCCUGAUGCUAGCAAGGUCCGUGUGACUGGACCUGGAGUAGAACACGGUAUCCUAGCAACAUUCCAGAGCAGUUUUGUUGUAGAAACCCGAGGAGCUGGGGCUGGUCAGCUGACAGUGAGGAUCAGAGGACCUAAAGGAGGGUUCCAGGUAGAGAUGUACAGAGACAGCCAGAGAGAUCGCACCAUUCUCUGUCGGUACGACCCCUACGAGACCGGCCUCUACAUCAUCAGCAUACGGUGGUCUGGUGUAGAUGUCCCCGGAAGUCCAUUCCAGAUCAAUAUUGUGGACACACAGCAGGAACUGGAACAUCUGCUUCAGGAACAAUCUUACUCCAGCAGUUCAGCCACACCACGGACCUACGCUCAGUGGAAGGCGGAAAUAUAGAGUCCUUCCAAGCGUCAAUCAAAUCGGAUAGAAUAUGGUGUGUAAAAUUCCCUUACGGAAUUCGGAUAGACUUUUCAUCCAUACUCGAUCCUCAAAGUGUUGAAGGUACAAUUGUUUACCAAGGUACCAGAACUCAAUUUCAAGUGAUAAAAAUAUUGGUUUUUCCUUACGUGAUAUUUUCAUGCCAUUUUGAAGAUGAGUAAUCCAUCGAUAUGUUCUUUAAGAUAUCACUUAACUUAGUUACUUGAUCCAAAUCAUGCAAUCAAAUCUUUUUUUUUUUUUACUCAACUGUCGGAAAAUUUACCUCGAGAUUCAAAGCAAAGUUACAUGUUUUUGAUAUUUUGGUGCAACGACCAGGAAAAGUUGUGAAUUUGUACAUGAUACAUAUAUCUAUCAUAUAAUGAAACAUAAUCCCAAACUUACACACAUUUCAUUAUUAACAAUCAGGAUCGGGGUGUCUAUAGCAAAUCUUUAUAUAGAUACAUCCCAUUUAAUUAGUGCAUCAUCUACAAAAUAACAAGACACAAUCAUGAUUAACACCAGCCGGGUUUGUUAAACAGAUAUUGUAUAUAAAGUUUGAUAUUUUCUGUUUGUGAUAUUUUUAAAUAUCAAUACACCUUCUACAAGUAGUCUAACCUCACUAGGAAGUAUAACUCCCUCAGAUUCAUCGGUUCGUGGUUUGAGAGUUUACAAGUGACUUUCCUUUUUGUGAAACAUUCCCUUCAGUCAGGUUGACAAGCCCGUGUAUUGAGAUUCUUAGACUCUGUGUUUCGGUAUCGUCCUGUUAUUAAGGUGCUGUUUUGCUGUAAGAGCUGAUAAGUUUGAAAAGUUUACGUUUAAUCAUCGACGAAUUGUUUUUAUUAUGAUUGCUCAUACAAGACCACAAUGGAAUGAUGACCGAAUACUAAUUAAUGUUUCCACAUUAAUUUACGAUAAAAUGUGAUUGUAACAAUAAUCACCUCUGACAAAUACCAUAUGACACUUGUUGAAAUCCUCUUGUACUGAAAGGGUUGAAAUAGAAACAACAACACUUUCAGACAUUCUCUUGGGCAGGUGACCCCAUUACCUUUUUCAUGUCUGGCCAACUAGUGGUAAUACAUCUUGGUGGAAUUUGUCAUAAGAACUGAUGUAAAACAGUUCUCAUAUGUAGCUAGGCUUUUACAACGACACAAAUGUUUAUUUAAGCAUUUUCAUGACUAGAUUAUUUUCUUUGUUACUUUUAAGAUAUUCAAAUACCUACAUUAUGUGAUAAGUGAUAAGGAAUUAAAACUCCUGUGAUGACUCAUUGUCUCUCAGGACUUAAUAAGAGAAAGCAAAUUGGUCAGAUCAUUGUAAUGUUUAUAAAUUUGUGAUGACCAUGGUAAAUAUUUAAUAUGAAAUUUUUGCUAGGAUAUUUAUGGAUGCAGGCAUCGCUGCCUCUGUCUCCACAUUAAAAGUUUGAAAUGUGUGGUUACCAUAAAAUAUCCCUACGUAUAAUUAAACUCUCAUUACUUAUUACUGUAAGGUAAUUGUCGAGAUACUGUUCUGUUGAAUUUAAGAUUAAGGAUUACGAGUGUAAAGAGCUAUGUACUUUUUCUUUAUCUAAAAAAAAUUGUAGUCAUUUUGAAAUGAUAGAUUAUGAUAUUGUAAAUUUUAACAAAAAAGCGUUCUCCUGCAUGGGCAGGCUGUAGAAAAAACAGUUAACAGUGCUGUAUUGUUAGAUUGACUGGUCAUGUUAAGAAUCAGAGCGUUGCAUGAAACUUCAUACAGAAGCAUUGUCAUAACAUUGUUUUCAGAGCUACAAGCUGUAGUACAUUUAGAAAGCUCAUGCUGUAGUACAUUUAGAAAGCUCAUGUUUCAAGAAGGAAUGUUAUUGUUUUUUUUGUUUUUUUAUAUUUUGAAUAUAUUUCUAUCUUUUGUCUGUCAUAUUUUUACUAUGCAAUUUUCAUAAUUUGAGUAAAAGAUUUAUAUUGGAUAUGUGUAAAGAAUCAGAUAACUGUUGUUUACAAACA